UAAAUAUUGGGCUUUUAACGGCCCAUUAUAUAAUUCGUCAGACGGGGUUUUAAGGGUUUUUAACUCACUCUGACUCACAAAGGCAUCGUAUAAAUAGCCUUCGUCCUCCAAAUUAGGGUUUGCGACUCUUGGAGCCAGAAACGAGCAAGUAGCGGCACAGCAGUUCAAUUCCAGCAAGCUAACAAUGGCAAGGAUUAAGGUUCACGAGCUUAGAGAGAAAUCGAAGACCGAUCUUCAAGGCCAGCUGAAGGAUUUCAAGGCUGAGCUCGCCCUCCUCCGUGUCGCUAAAGUCACCGGAGGUGCCCCUAACAAGCUCUCCAAAAUCAAGGUUGUGAGAAAAUCGAUUGCUCAGGUUUUGACAGUGAUCUCCCAGAAGCAGAAAUCUGCUCUGAGGGAAGCAUACAAGAACAAGAAGUUUUUGCCUCUUGAUCUCCGCCCCAAGAAAACACGUGCCAUCCGCAGACGUCUUACCAAGCACCAGUCUUCGUUAAAGACAGAGCGUGAGAAGAAGAAAGAGAUGUAUUUCCCAGUGAGGAAGUAUGCUAUCAAAGUGUAGUUUCAUUCUCCAGCUUAGCUUCUAGAACAGCUUUUGAUAUUACCUAUGUAUUCUCUCUCUUUGUCAAAAACCUUGUGUUUUUAUUUUGACCAAAGUUUUGUUAUGGAACUGCCUCUCUCGAGGCUCGAAUCAUUUUUUCUUCAUAAUCAUAAAUAUUGAACAAAUCCACGGGGUUUCUCAUUGGUAAUCUUGAGUUUUUAAUUAUUUUAGUCUUAGUAUAAGAGAAAAUGAAAUGAAAUUAAUUCAGUACAAACUUAUUUAUCUACUAUAGUAAGGAAACACGAUUAAGAAAUUCAGAUUUGUUUAGAUAUCCCUCAUCAUUGAAAUUUUUGUUGAUUGGUCGCGAGUUACAAACUUUCCCAAACCUUUAUCUUACUUUAUGUCGAAACAACCUUUAACUCGGGUGUUAAAUUUCAAAAUUGGACUAAUUGUUUGAUGGGUUGAGCCAAGCCCUUGCAGUAGUGCAACACAUGGGCGACUCGCAAAAGCCCAGAUAGCAAACUAUCUUAGUGGGCUUUCUCCAUUAAAAAAUAAAGUUAAUAUCGUGUGAGCCGAUGGCUCACAUAUCAGAUAUUAAACUGAUAAGAACAGAUACUACACUUGAUCUUAGCCAAAAGGCCG